GCGACGCUUGGCGCCACGACACCGCCGCCUGCAACGAAGGAUUUUGGUUCCGGUGAGCACUGUGCCGACCAUCCAGGUUUUGGCACCCUCGGGACGCCGCUCUCCUCACCGCAUCUAAGCCCUGGCAGCUUCACGACGUCCGAUCCGACGCCGCUCCGGGCCCGGGUUCCUUGCCCCUCCGAGCCGGCUACGGAAGUCCUCUCUGACGCCACCUUCCCUGCCCCC